AUGUCAAGAACAUGCUUAUGUCGUGCUUUAGUUAGUAUAAAUCGACAGAAUGCUCCCUUUUUCAUACGCAGUGUAUUCUCCGGACCUGAAUCCACACCAGACUUCACCAAAAACAGUUUAAAAAAUGAUGAAAGCUGGGAAACAAAGAAAUUGAAAAGUGUUCAAGAGCGAGUUGCUUUGUUGGGUAAAGGUGUACAGUUUGAAGGUGAUGAGAGGAUAAUAGACAACGAAGCAAGGAGAGUAUUUAGUGUUCCACACCAAGUUUAUGUGACCAAAGAUGAAGCUAAUAAAUCAAGAGACUUUGCCAAAAAUAUUUUGGGAAAUCGUGUUAAUUAUAACAAGACUUCCCACUUCACCAGAGAAACAAAUCUUGACCCUGACUUUGCAAGACCUGAAGUUCAGGCAAUAUUAAAAACAAUAACUGGUCGUGAUCCAAAGCGAGUGUUUAAACAAAAAUUGGGAGUUCCUUCCGAAAUGCCAACUGUUAAGUUCUUAACAACAGAACAGCUUAAAAAGGAAAUGGACAAAUCUCUUAAAUAUGCUGAGCAAUUGCUUGAAAUGCCUCCAGUGAUGUUGGAAAGGGAAGAAAUUGAUGAAGUCAUCGCAGAAGAUGAAAAUCUUGAUGGUUAUGAAGCUUGUAAUGUUGUUUUCACAGACAUCAGUGAAAAUUUAAAGUUAAAUGAAAGGUUUGUGGUCGUACGAGAACCAAGUGGUUCGUUAAGAAAAGCAAAGUGGGCGGAACGAGAUAGAAUUCAACAAGUUUACUUCAGUAAACCUGGAAGGACAUCAAUUAAACCAAAGUUAUUGAAGGAUAUGAAAAUUGCUUUGAAGCAUGGCUUGCAUGAAAACAUUUUGAUGCAAACUCUAAUCCAGCAUGAACCCGAUUCAAGCGAAUUUAUCCGGAUUCAUCAAGAUAUCUACAAUGAUAUUGAUAACAGAGGAUUAUACGACAAUUUUCGGUCCACAAGGUUCUUUGGUGGUCUUGCCUUUUAUUUGACCAAGUACAAAUCCAUCGAUGGACUUUUAAUAGACAUGAUAAAAAGAUCACUAAUAUCUGACGCUGUAAACCUUAUCCAGUUGUUCUGUAUGUUACAUCCUGAAUCAAAAACAACAUCUCAACUUAAAACAAAUACAGACUACCAACAAUUGGACAUUAUAGAGGCAUAUAUGAAUUGUGACUGCAACGAUUCUCAUUCAUUGAAACUUGCAGUUGAAGCUUUUCAAACCUCACUGGAAUCUGAAUCAGAUUGUGCUGUUGCUUCAUCGUGA